GGACUAAAAGCGGAACUACGUGUACAAGCCACCUCUGGCAGAGUUCAUGUGGCUGUAAUUGAGACUUUCCACGCAAGCAGAAUCGUCUGGAACCUCUGAACUAAGCUGACACAAUUUAUUUUUAGCCAAUCAGAGAGCGAGGUGAUAAUCAACUGCGGAGGAGUUAGGAGAGUUAAUGCACGCAGCAACAUGGCGUUGAUCAGUAGGCUCUUUAUGGUGUGUCUGCCGAUUUUCUUUGUUUUCUUCCCACCAUGGAGUUCGCCUAGCAUUGGAGUUCACUCAUCGAGCGUGGAUGAUGGCCUCCUGCUGGUCACUGUGGCCUCAGACGAGACUGAUGGAUUCAAGAGGUACAUGAGGUCAGCAAACAAGUAUGGACUGGAUGUGGAGGUGUUAGGUAUGGGGAAAGAGUGGAGAGGCGGAGACAUGGCAGUGUCCGUUGGUGGUGGGUACAAGAUCAACCUCCUGAAAGAAGGCUUGAAGAAAUACAAGGAUAAGAAGGACCUGGUGCUUAUGUUUACUGACAGCUAUGACGUGAUUUUUACUGGUGGAGCUCAGGAAAUCUUGAAAAUGUUUAAAAAGUUCAAUGCCAGAGUGGUAUUUUCUGCGGAGGGUUUCUGCUGGCCGGACGCCUCUCUUAUGGACAAAUACCCAGAAGUGAAGAUGAACGAGAAAAGAUUUUUGAACUCAGGAGGAUAUAUAGGUUACGCCCCUGACAUUUACGAGAUCAUCACCCACAAUGAAGUUGGAGACAAGGAUGAUGACCAGCUGGUUUAUACAAACAUCUUCUUGGAUGAAAACCUCAGGAAAAAAUGGAAUAUCAAGUUAGACACCAGAGGAGAGAUUUUCCAGAAUUUAAAUGGAGCUCUGGAUGAAGUGACGCUCAAGUUCAAAGGUGCCAACAGUUACCUGUACAAUGUGAAGACAGGUACCACGCCACUUGUGGUUCACGGCAAUGGACCCAUUAAGCCCCAGUUCAACACGUUGGGGAACUAUUUGGCAGAUUCUUGGACCCCCACUCAGGGCUGUCUUGCUUGUGGGGAGGACAAAAUCAAUCUUCAGGAGGUGGAGGAGCAGGAUUACCCCACGGUAUUUGUUGGUGUCUUCAUUGACCAGCCCGUGCCUUUUAUAGCCGAGUUCUUUGAGAAGCUUGCUGGGCAACAAUACCCUAAGAAGAAAAUGGAUGUGUUUGUAUACAACAAUGCUAAUUUCCAUGCCAAAGAUGUGAAGAACUUUAUGAUCAAGUAUGAGAAGAAAUACAACUCUUUCACUUCUGUUCCACCCGAGAGAGGGGUCAAUGCAUAUGAUGCCAGGAAUAUGGGCAUUGAUCAUUGUUUGAAAAAGAACUGCCAGUAUUACUUGUUUCUGGAGCCAGAGGCUCAUCUUGACAACUCUAAGACAUUACAACUGCUCAUUGAACAGAACAGGUCAGUCAUCGCCCCCAUGUUUACGCGGCCAGGCAAGCUGUGGUCUAACUUCUGGGGGUCACUCAGCAGUAACGGUUUCUACGCCCGGUCAGAAGAUUACCUGGACAUUGUGAACAGCCACAGGAUAGGCUUGUGGAAUGUCCCCUAUGUACGCUAUGUCUACCUGAUCCAAGGAAACAAGAUAAAACAGCUGCAGGGAGGAUACAGGAAUGACCACCUAGACCACGAUAUGGCCAUCUGUAAGACCAUGAGAGACAAGAACAUGUUUAUGUAUGUGAGUAACCAGUUGAACUACGGCCAUCUUAUAGACGGUGAUAACUAUGACACAACGCGUACACACCCAGAUAUGUACGAGAUGUUCAGCAACCCAAUGGACUGGGAGAAAAAAUACAUCCAUGAAAACUACAGCCGAGUCUUGAUGGAGGAAUAUGAAGUGGACAUGCCGUGCCCUGACGUGUAUUGGUUCCCAGUAUUAUCAGAAACAUUCUGUCAACACCUGAUAGAAGAGAUGGAGGGGUUUGGCCAGUGGUCCAAUGGCAAGAAUGAGGAUUCUCGUCUAGAUGGAGGCUACGAGAACGUACCAACACGUGAUAUCCACAUGAACCAAGUGGGCUUUGAGCGACACUGGCUUCAUUUCCUACGUGUGUACGUACAGCCGGUGCAGCAGAAGGUGUUUGUAGGAUAUUACCAUGACCCUCCACAUGCAGUCAUGAACUUUGUGGUCCGCUACAGGCCUGAUGAACAACCAAGUCUACGUCCACAUCAUGAUUCUUCAACAUAUACCAUCAAUAUAGCUCUAAACACGCCUGGUGUUGAUUAUGAGGGUGGAGGCAGCAAUUUUAUACGACAAAAUUGUGCAGUAUCGGACACAAAACGAGGAUGGGCUAUAUUACACCCUGGCCGUCUAACGCAUUACCAUGAAGGCCUGACAACGACCAGCGGAACACGAUAUAUCAUGAUUUCAUUUGUCGACCCUUAGAGCCUUGUCCCUUGUUGGGUAAUGGGCAGGUCGGAAGAAUUGCAUCAUUGACAUUAAGUGAAUCAAAAUAAUCCUAGGACCCAGAUUGAGUCAUCUAACAGAUUUUAGCUUCUUUUAGGACUGGGCCCCAUUUUUGUAUUUAUUUUAUUUUAUUUUAUUUUAUUUAUUUAUUUAUUUAUUUAUUUAUUUAUUUAUUUAUUUAUUUAUUUAUUGUGAAAAUACUGAGUACUAAAUUAGAACUGCUUUUUCAGUUUAACACAAUCUCACUUUUCUGUAUAAUCCAAAAGACACGCUGAGAAAUAAUUAUCUCAUUGGGGAUUUUUGUUUUCUUUUUGGUUUAAUCAAAGAUGCUUCAAUCUUGAUCUCACUCUUCUUACACUGCCCUGUGUCUUCUAACCCACCUCCACCUACGUCAGUGGACGAGAGAUAAAACUACACACCAUGUGUGUCAUAUUUACACACACUAUGUGUGCUUCUACACAUUAUAUCUGCAUUGGCAUGGAACAGAACUAACUCAAUUCAGAUAGAAUCUAAUGAAUCAAAACCUUAAUUUUGAUACCAAUAGAAUAUUUUUAACUUUAAGAACCAAAAAAAAAAAGAAAAAAACUUUUUUACUUGACAGACUUCAUUGCACAAAAUGUUUGGAAAUCAUCCCUUCAAGACUCAUGUUUUGUCAAGAUGUUAACAACAAAUAACACAUUCAGUUACCAUUUGUCUAUUGAUAUCAUACCUUUUUACCUCCAUGCCAAUGUACACUGAUAUAAUGUGAUAUAGUACUGUAUUCAGUACUUCGCUCUGUGUUAACUAUCUACAUACACGGAGUCUGGUGGUGGUGGUUUAUUAUUUCUAUUCUUUACUGGGAUCUGCUUUAAUAUUUAUGCACAUUUGCUGCUUCAUAUAACCACAUGAUAUGUAAAUACAAUUUUUAUGGUCUUAUGCUUUAUGUUUCUCUGCUAACAUUUGAUGUUACUGCUGUCAGAAAAUGGGAAUAGAAACGUCCAUGUGUGAUGCAAUUCUUCUGAUGUGCUACUUAAUGUAUUGUUUGUUAUAUUCCAAGUUGCCAUGGAAACACUGCAGUUUGUCUCAAAGAUUUUAAUCAGGCCACAAUGACAUCUCUUGAUACACCUACAGUGUUCAAUUAGAUGAUAGAAUGUACUGUUUUAACUCUAAUUUUGUUAGAAAAGAAAACAUUACAGAUGCAAUUCUUUCCAGUAUUUUGUGGUGAAUGUAAUAUUUUGAAUUUUUGGACAGAAAAAGUGAGACUCAACUGGGUGUUAUUGACAGAUUUACAAAUAAUCUUGAAUAAGGUAUUUGUUAAUUAAGUGUAUCAUUAAAAACAUUUUUUAAGUUAGUGAGAAAUCUGUGUCCAGAAAUAGUGUCACAACUAACACAUUGCAACACGUUGUCACAACUAACACAUUGCUACAUUGAGCACCUUAUCACAUCUAACGCAAUCUACUUCACAUCCAAAUACAAUCAGCUUUGUUUGGCUGUGUCAUAGUUAGCAAUAAGAGUUUAACAUUACAGGGUUCAACUGACAUACAGCAGUGUUACAUUUUAUGUCAAAAAAAGCUCCAUUUUUCAAUGAUGAAAGUCUGGAUUAGAAGUGUACCAGAAAAAUUUUAAAAAGUGCAUUUAUAUAUUACUCUGCUAUGCAAUUACUUUCUAUUUUCCUGGGGAAAAUAUUGAUAUAUUAAUACUCAAAAAGGGGAAAAAAACAGAAAUUGAAGAUAUCAUGAAGAAGUGAACUUUUUUUUAUGGUAGCUCAUUUUUUAGUAUCAAAAGUUUUUAAUCUUUAUUUUGUAGAAACUUCUCCUAGAACUGUUAUACAAAUCUAAAAUAUUUUCACUAUUAACUUUAAAUUAUUUGAGGACGGUUAAGUUUAGAAUCUCAUUCUUUGUCUGGGCAUUUAUGUAAUCAAAACCUUGCCUAACUGUGCUUUUAAUUAAUGAUAAUUCUAUGCAAGAUAAUCUACUUGUUUUUCUUUGUCUUUGUAGCACUUAGAGCAUAUUAUGAAAACAGUACUCCAUGCAUUGAGCAAAAAUUUGAAAGUCAAUGUUUUCAGUCACAUUUUUGUAUCCCAUUGUGUAUGAAAUUGUUAAUAAGCUUCAAAUGAAAUCAUUUCAUUGAAAUUAGGUCACAGGAAAUGCCCACAGAUAGGUAAAUAUACAAGUCGAAGUGAUUUAUAUAUUUUAUAGACAUUCUCCCUUCUUUUAUGGGAAAACUUUCACAUAAUUUAUUUCAUCUAUGUUGCGCUGUUGGUAAGCAGGAUCAAGUGGUUGUCGUUUGCCAAGUUAAAUGCUUUUCUUUUGGUACACCAACUUAAAUUAGCAGAAAAUGAUUUUCUUGUGUUUGAAAGUGUCUAUUGUAAACAAAUUUUAUAUCUUAAUGCUAAAAGAAUGUUUCAUUUGGAAUAGUACCAUAGAAAUAGUAUACCUUAUGUAUCAGAGAACUGGUAAAGAAGGCAUGCUAACCUGUAGAACAUGAAACUUUCUUUAAGUAUUAUCACAGAAACUCUGGUGUGUUUGACAGUUUUGAAUGAUGAAAAGCAACAGGGAAUUUUGGUGCUAUGUACAGAAGUUCUAACAUGGGUAGAAGUGUCCAUUUUGCAUAAUACUUUGGCUUUGUGAAAUAGUAUAUUGUUGUAUCAGUAGACCUUGGUAGUUUUGUAUGGUUACAGCUUUACCAAUACCAAGUUAAAAUUACCCCAACAUAGUAAAAUUGAUAUUGCUAAAAAUUUUCUGAAAGGGAAGUAACAGUUUCAUUGGAAACCACAUCUUUUAAAAUGUUUGUAGACCUAAAAUGUUGUAUUUAAAAAUAGGAUAAAAAAUCCAGUUUUUGUGCCUGUUCUAAACUCAGUAUAGACACCACUGGUAGUUAUAUGUUACUGUUAUUACUAGUCAAUUUGUUUUCUGUAUUAAACAUGCAAUAUUAAAGUAGUCCUUGUACUACCAUUCUUCAGCAUUGACUGAUAUUGUUAUAGUUUGAUAGUCCAGUUUUGUAAGAAUUUAUGGAUUUGCAGACCUAAACUGACACUGGUGAGAAUGACUGAACUUGUACAGCUAUAAAAACUUCCACUUUGUACUCUACAAUCUUCCUGUUUGCACUCCAGAAGAUAAUUAUUUAUUUUUGAGAUAUGUGAAAAUUUAGUGACGUUUCUUGCAGCAAAAGCGAUCAACUGAUUACGGAAUUUAAAUGCAGGAGUACUUUCAGUGGUCCAAGCUGACUGGGAUUUGGGAAAUAAAAGAAAAUAAAAUGUUUACCUCUUUUGUAUUUUUAAA